ACGGUCUGGAAGCAGCGGUGGGCGGGGCCUCGGCCGUGCACACCCGAGCAUUGCAUCGUGCCCUGGUCCUCGGCGGCGGGCAGCACGUGGGCAGCAUCACCCUGGGACGCGGCAGGAGGGCAGGCGAGGCGAGUGUAGGCGCGAGAGUGCAGAAGCAUCGGUGCAGCGGCGGCGGUGGGCGUGGUGAUGACGCGGCCACGCACGGAUCGAUCCCCCCGGUGGUUCCAGCGUCAGCGGUGCGGCGAGGCCUCAGUCAUGAUGCCGGCAGCCGGAGGAGCGCUGGUACCACGCUUCCUCGCCGUUUGACUCGCCCCGUGCCUCACCGCCCCCUCACCCCUCGCGCCCCGCCCACUUAGCUGACGGCACUCCUCACUCCCUGACCCCGACGCCCUAAGACACCUCUGAGGCCCCGUGCCCUGACUCAAUCCCCGCGAGACCCGCACAUCCACACGUCAGCAUGGGCGGCGAGGAGGAAAAGCCACCCCGCCAAGAGGCAGACGACAGCAUCAGGGUGAUAUGCCGCAUCAGGCCCCUCAACAAGAGCGAGGAGGCCGCGGGCAGCAAGUUCGUGUGCUCCUUCCCUUCCUCCCGCGGCCAGGAGGACCAGAUGGUCGCCGUUGGGGGGAAGGUCUACCUGUUCGACCGCGUGAUUAAGCCCAACUCGACCCAGGAGAAGGUGUACGACAUCGUGGCCAAGGACAUCGUGAAGGAUGUCCUCAACGGCUACAAUGGAACCAUCUUCGCUUACGGCCAGACCUCCUCGGGCAAGACUCACACGAUGGAGGGCAAGCUUGGCGACCCGACCUACCAGGGCAUCAUUCCCCGGAUCGUACAUGACAUCUUCAACCACAUCUACAACAUGGAGGAGGCGCUGGAGUUCCACAUCAAGGUGUCGUACUUCGAAAUCUACAUGGACAAGAUCAGGGACCUUCUGGACGUGUCCAAGGUCAAUCUCUCCGUGCACGAGGACAAGAACCGCGUCCCCUCCGUCAAGGGCGCCACCGAGCGGUUCGUCUCGUCGCCGGAGGAAGUGUUCGAGACGAUCGAGAUGGGAAAGUCCAACAGGCACGUCGCUGUCACCAACAUGAAUGAGCACAGUUCUCGGUCCCACAGCGUUUUCCUGAUCCAAGUGAAGCAGGAGAAUAUCGAAAACCAAAAGAAGCUCCUGGGAAAAUUGUACCUGGUGGAUCUGGCGGGCUCGGAGAAGGUGAGCAAAACCGGUGCAGAGGGAGCUGUUCUGGACGAGGCAAAGAACAUCAACAAAUCGCUCUCGGCACUCGGGAACGUGAUCGCUGCACUCGCUGAUGGAAAAACCCACGUGCCUUACCGAGACUCCAAGCUGACCCGUAUCCUUCAAGAGAGUUUGGGAGGCAACGCACGCACCACCAUCGUCAUCUGCGCCUCCCCCGCCUCCUUCAAUGAGUCCGAGACCAAGUCCACCUUAGAUUUCGGAAAGCGAGCCAAGACCAUCAAGAACUGCGUGACGGUGAACGAGGAGCUGACAGCCGAGGAGUGGAAGCGCCGGUACAACAAGGAGAAGGAGAAGAGCACUAAGCUGAAGGCACAAGUAGAACGUAUGGAGGCAGAGUUAGAGCGCUGGCGUAGAGGAGAGAAGGUGUCGUCGGAGGAACAGAUAUCCGUCGACAUGGAAAAGUCAAUGGUGUCGUCCGUUGUGGAAGAGCCCAAGAAGCCAGCCGCUCCUCCCGUGAGCAACGAGGUGCGUGACGCCUGGGAGAAGGAGCGCGAGCAGCUGUACCAGAGCCUUGACGAGAAGGACGAGGAGAUCAACCAGCACAGCCAGCUGGCCGAGAAGCUGAAGGAGCAGAUGCUGGAGCAGGAGGAGCUCAUCGCUGCAACUCGGCGUGACUAUGAGGUGCUGCAGACCGAGAUGGCAAGGAUCCAGGGAGAGAACGACUCGGCCAAGGACGAGGUGAAGGAGGUCCUGCAGGCACUGGAGGAGCUGGCCCUCAACUACGACCAGAAGAGCCAGGAGGUGGAGAGCAAGUGCAAGGAGAACGAGACACUGAGCGAGGAGCUGACGGACAAACAGACGGCCCUGACCUCCAUGCAAGGGGAACUGCAGCAGAUGCGUGACUCCUCCAUGCACCAGAAGCGACGGAUGAAUGAAAUGCUCUUCUCCCUCCUGACCGACCUCGGGGAAGUGGGCACCGUUGUGGGCGGCACCACCAGCGACCUCUCCCUCAAGAACUCCGGCGACCCCAAUAAGCUGGAGGAGGAGUUCACGAUGGCAAGGCUCUACGUGUCCAAGAUGAAGAGUGAGGUGCGGAACUUGGUCCAGCGCUGCAGCACGCUCGAAAACUUCCAGGGUGACUGCAACAAGAAGAUUGACGAGUACGAGCGUGAGCUGAGUGAUUGCCGUCUGCUCAUCAGUCAGCACGAGGCUCGCAUGAAGACCCUCCAAGUGUCCAUGCAGGAGGUGGAGACACGCAAGAGACAGCUGGAGGAGCAGGUUGACUCUUUGAGCGAGGAGGUGGCCAAGCUGAAGGCGGCUGAAGGGUUGUCGGUGGCCGAGGGUCUGUCCAAGGAGGCGCUGGAGAAGCAGAUGGAGACCCACCGCGAGCUGCACCAGAAGCAGGUGGCUCAGCUCAGGCAGGAGAUCAGUGCAAAGCAGGCCCUUGUGGAUGACCUCAAGGACCACAACCAGAAGCUGAGCGUGGAGCAUGAGCAGCUGAAGGUGGAGUACAACAAGCUGAAGGCGGAGGAGGCGGAGAAGAGCACCCGCCUCCACGAGCUUAUUUUUGCUGGAUUUCGAUGGGCUCAGCACCUCAAUGAGGUCUCUCUUCUUCUUCACGAAACUAUUAGCUUGCGUCACUGGACUCCCCGAGGUUCUCCAAGCCUUCUGAACGAGCGGCGAGAGCAGGCCCACCAUGAUCUCAAGGGGCUGGAGGACACUGUUGCCAAGGAGCUCCAGACUCUGCACAACCUGAGGAAGAUGUUUGUGCAGGACCUUCAGGCUCGCGUCAGGAAGUCAGCCGCAGGGGAGGACGAGGACAUUCUUGGAGGCUCCGUGGCCCAGAAACAAAAGAUCAGCUUUCUCGAGAACAACCUGGACCAGCUCACCAAGGUACACAAGCAGCUGGUGAGGGACAACGCCGACCUCCGAUGUGAACUGCCCAAGCUGGAGAAGAGGUUGCGAGCCACCAUGGAGAGAGUGAAGAUCAAUGAUGAGGGAGACUUGCUCAGGUCCCCGCUCAGGCUAGAGGAGGACAGAGCGCCACAGAGACUGCCGGCUGUGUCUAGUCUCGAGCAGCGUCUUAUGGCAACCAUGGCCAGGGUCAAGGCCCUGGAGACAGCCCUGAAGGAGGCUAAGGAGGGGGCCAUGAGGGACCGCAAGCGUUACCAGUAUGAGGUGGACAGGAUCAAGGAGGCGGUGAGGCAGAAGAACUUGGCCAGGAGGGGACAGGGAGCACAUAUUGCCAAGCCCAUCCGCACAGGGCCCGCCAGCCUCCUGUCACGGCCUGGUGCCCUGGGUAUGAUGGGACGUGCGCCGGGCAACACCACCAUGCCCCGCCAGUUUGUAGCCUCCAACAGCUAGAUCCCAAAUGUCUGAGCUCUAGAGACCCUGGAUAUCCACCACAGCAGGAGCAGCAGCAGCCCGGCACACCCCACAAGGCACCCCGGCCGCCCACGCACCCCACCCACACACCUCUCACCUCUCACACUCACUCAGGACCAGGAAAAGUUCUAAAAAAGGGAAAUCUCACGCACUUCACCGAGUUCCGAACCUGUUGGUAUAGGUUUGGGUGAUGUCGAUAGCCUCUUCUUUAUCCGUUUUUACUUUCUUGUGUUUAUGGUUAUGGUUAGGCCUACUUAUGUGUGUGAGUGUGUGUGUACGUGUGUGUUGAUUUCUGGAUGGGUGUGUUGUUUGAUCUGUUAUUCAGAGAUUCUGUGCGGGUUUUGCGAUGGGGUCAGUAAACCAGGUUAUUUUCUUCCAUUCCUCUCUUAUUUAGAUUUGCAAGGGACUUAUUUUACACUGGGAUUGGUCUGUCGUGUGUGUUAUUCCUGUUGCCGGACUUUUCAUAGGUCUUUUGUGGGUCUGGUGAGGGUGUCGGUAAUUCAGAGAUGUAUUUUUAACCCUUCUUUCCUGUAUUCUUUUGGUGUACGGGAUUUGCAUUCACUUCUGUAGAUAUUUGUUGUGUCAUCUCUGUUUCUGCACCUUUAUGGAUUCUGGUGAGAGUUUCUACUAAUAAGAAAUGGUUCGGUUUGGUGGGUAUUCUGAAUGUUGUAAGUUUUUUUUACUGCCUUCCCCUGUUUUUAUUUGUGUCUAAGAGGACUUACCACGUUCUGCUGCUUUGUGAGUGGCCAGGACUGGUUGGUUGUGACGCCCGUCUCUUUGUCGUGGUUGUUGAUGUUGUUUUUCAUUUUCAUUAAUUGUACACAGCUGUUGAAAGGAUCAAAGGACCAUAAGUUAGGACGUGUGUGUGUGUGUGUGUGUGUGUGUGUGUGUGUGUGUGUGUGUGUGUGUGUGUGUGUGUGUGUGUGUGCAAAAGUUUAUCGUAGAACAUAUUAUAAUUCAUAAAUUCUGCAGAGAUAAUUUUUUUCUUCUUUUUUUAUUUGUCCUUCUUUGUCCACUUUUAAUACUUGCAAAAUCACAAGCAAUUCAGGUUAUAAUCAACACUUGACACAUACGUAACAUACGCACCCUCUCCUCUCACUUUUUAGCCAGGCAAAAGUUUUCAGUAUAUUUGGAAUCUGAAAUAAGACACUCACAAUUUAUUGGCCAAGACAACUCAGGUGCAUACAUAGUACCUAGUCAAACUUCGUUUGGGAGAAUUAUAUAGCUCUGAUAGAGUCGUGAAUUAAAUUAUUCAUAUCCAGUGAAAUGUAGUAGGAUUUCGUGCUUUCAAAUUUUGGCGCCCAAAUUUAUAGAGAAAAAUGGGACGGUUGUGACUGCACACAAAUAAAAAAAUAAAAAAAACGAGGCAUAUUUUUCGGGGGUCAGUUUGCCAUUCAUAAGUUCGAAGGUAAAUAUAAAGUAUUAGUAAAGAAAAAAAAUCAUGACAUUUGAAUGUCGCCGCGAGGCAGCGACAGCGUGGCGCGGCGGCCCGCAGACUUUCAUGUGCGUGUGUGAGGCUGUGUGACCCCGAGGCGACGCGACGGGGCGCGCGGGUGUGUGACGGCGUGCCGCUUCCUGUUGCUUCCGCGACGUGGGGGAUCAUCGGCGCCCUUAGCCAGGUGAGGAGCGUAAACACCUGCCGUCACCUGCACAGGCCGGGCACGGCAGCACAAUGACACGGGCACGCCCCGCCCCGCCCCGCACACCACGCACGAUGUUAGACUUUCCUGUUUACCUGUUUAUUCACGUUUGUUUAUGUUUACCUGUUCGCCACUUUAUGCUUCAAAGUUCGUAGAGUACAUAAUGACAACGGAAGAGCAGCUGGAUUAAGCAAAGACCGAGAUAUCGGGGAGUUAAUACCAGUCUCUCGUUUAUGUUUACCUGUUCACCUAGCUGUUUGUUUAUGUUCAGCUGUUUGUGGUUUGUUGACGGUUAAAGUCAUUUUCCCCAAGGCCAGGGCGCGUCAGACCUCACUAAACUCAUACCCCCGCACUCCCUUCACAAAACCAGUGUUCCUUUUACAUCAUUCUCGAGAAAAUAAUACGUAGUUAUAUUGUCGUUUGCUCCGCCGGCCUUCACAACAACGGCGCAGCGCGAAUCGUAUCGAGUAUUUUUAUCGUGAACAACAACCGAACGAACCCAACCCAACACGAAUGAAUCUAAUAAAUUGUAUUAUAACAUAGCCAGACCCCCCCCCCUCCUCCUCUCUCCCUUCCACAACCAAAAUGCAAUGUGCUUGACGUACUGUAAAGCGGAACACAUUUUUUUUACCGUAAACAUUUAAACUAAGCAAAUCUAACCUAUAGUCUAUCGAAUCUAACUAACCUAACCCCCCACACACACACACACACACACACCUCUUCCCUUCCGCUGCCAAAAUGAGAUAUGUAUUUCAAACUGAGUGGAACACACACAUUUAUUGUAAAAAGUUAAACUAAGCAAACUUACCUAACAUGGCUAAUUCUAAUCGAACUUUCAUCAACCCAAACCGAACAUUAAUUUAAUAUCCAAUUCGUGCUACUUUCACUAAGCUCGCAUUGCAGUGAAUCAUCAAGCCAUGAAAAAGAAUAUUCCCGUCAACUUCCACCCCUCUGUAAGACCAAAACUGGAAGCGGCCAACCCCACUAGCCUUUCCUCACCUAGUUUUGACCCGUUUGACCAGGUGGGCAGGGGACAGGUGGGGCACGUGCUCUUAAUUUUAGCCAAGCAGAUACUGAUAUUUAUUUAUUUAUUUAUUUUUUUUUUUUUAUUUAUUUAUUUUUUUUUUUUAUUUAUUUUUUUUUUUUUUUUGUGUGUGUGUGUGUGGGGGGGGGGGGGGUAGAAGUAUGAAGUGCAAUUUACUGAAAUUGACUCGUGGAAAUUUAUUAGCACUCAUCUUCAAUAUGGUUUGCUAGAACAUGAAAGCCUAUUAUGUCAACAUUUAUUUUCAAUGUGGUCCUCUUUAUUUUCUUAGUGCAAGACCCAGACUCAGUGUGACUAUAGCCUAUACCCACUUCAGCCAUAAUAAUUUCUUUGUGAGGCAUUUGUUGGACCAUGGGAUUAGGUUUCAUGCUGAGUAAAUUGAUCUCACUAUGGAGGAAAAUGCCUAUUGGAUUGACCGCCAAGUAGGUAAAAUAGAAAUGGUGUUAAUAAGAGGAGAAAAGGUCCCUAGAGUUUGUGAUGCGAUAAUGGAAGACUUUCAAUAUUACGAAAGAUAUCAGAGAUGAGUUUAGUAAGAAAGGUUGUCUUGUAUUCAGUUGAUAGCCAUUGAGAUAAAGUGAAAUGGCAAACAAUCUCAUAUAGAUUUUGGAAUAAGAUGAGUUUGAUGGAGAAUACUGAUAAUCACACUUCAAAAUCGGUAAAUGAGAAGUGCUGCAGUUGAUUAAGUGACAAAUAAAGACAAACUACACAUAAUCCUUCCUUCUUAGACUUGAUUCUCUUUCAAUUUUGCUAAUAUAAAAGUUAAUGUGAUAAGUCAAAGUAAAAAUAAUUGGUAAGUACUGUAAUAAUUAUGUAUAUAAAUAUGUUUCAUAAUAAGCUGUGUGAUAAAGUAUUUACAUUUGCAUUGCCCCCAUUCCUAUUUUUAUAAGAUUUUAGUGGGAGAUUACUUUUAUGUGUGUUUUAUAGCACUGAAAUGGUCAUGUAUUGUGUUGUGUUGGGGAUAAACUUGGCUGAGUGUAAAAAAAGCUCAUUGGCAAAGUUUUCCUUGAACCAUCUUAGCAUUGUCACCCGAGUCAAGGUAAGCUGAAGGUGUGACUGGUCACUUCCCUCAGCACCUGAUAUUCAUUGUGUGUUGUAUGAGUGUUUGAGAGAGAGAGAGAGAGAGAGAGAGAGAGAGAGAGAGAGAGAGAGAGAGAGAGGGCUUAGUAUAUAUAUAUCACUGGCUGUUGAUAUUAUAUGAAUACCUUUAUAAUAGUUGACUAGGAAUCACUAUAUCAAGAAAUGCUGUAUUUGGCCUUCAGUAUAAUGUGAGUACCAUAUCAAAAGGAAGACUCUUGGUUGUCUGUAGCAUGAGCGAUGCAUUCAAAAGCAUAGUCAUUGUAGGAUAGUCAUGUCAUUUUAAGUUAUUUUCAUUUCAGUAAUGUAUGUCAGAUUUUCUUCUUUUCUCAUUAAAGGAAGCAGCUCAAGGGCAAAAACAUUAAACAAAAAGACUUGCUAAGCACUGUUCCUAUAUUGUAUUGGAAUUGCAAGCAGUACAUUUUUAAUUUCAUGGACUGACAGUUUUUUUUAUUAUUAUUAUUAUCGCUGUCAAAGGUCAUAAAGCUUUUGAUGCUGAUUUUUGUUCUCUGCUGUGAAUGAAUCGUCAGUUUCGUCAGAUGCAUUGCUUUUGCUUGGCCUCUCUCAUGCUACACAACACAAGGACGCAGGGGUUGAGCUGACUAACUGUGAAUCAUCAUACUUCACUCUCAAGGCUGUGUUGACCUAAGUUAGUUCCCUUGUUUAAUGUGUGGACCUAGUGAACAAGAAGUCAUCACCUCUUGUUACUUAUCACCCAAGUCACUUUAGUAUUAUUUCUCCUAUGCACUACCAUACUUAAGUUCUGUCCAGGUGUAGCUAUUCAUCUGCACAGUAUGGUCUUAUUCACUUUGAGGCUGUGGAUUAGUUGGGUGUGAUUUAUACUUAAGUUUGUAUAUUUUUCUCUAGGUAUGCCGUCAGGGCUUGAGAACUUCUGUCAAUGGAUCUAUGGGUCUGGUGUUAUAGUUUAGUAUGUGUUAACUCCUAAGUCAGUGUCGACAUUAGGUAAAGAGAUUGAGUUUGUGAUGUGUGUUUUGUACUAGAUCCUAACUACUCCACGUAGGAAUGUUCGGGUUGUUCAGGAGUCAUUGGUUUUGGGAUCACUCAUGCUUGAUUUGACCUUAUGGUUAGUGUUGUGUUGCCAAAGAAAUAUGGGUUGAUAUUGUUAUGAUUAUUAUUUAUUUAUUUAUUUAUUUAUUUAUAGUUAUACUCAGAUUUUUGAGGGAUUUUUCAAGCCCUGACAAAAUUUUUCUCCUCUCAAAUUCAGUUCACGGUAAUACAAUUUUCCUUGGCACGUCUCAAGCAUGAAAUUCAGCUUUUCCGAGGCGAAAAGUUGAACACUUCUAUAAGGCUUGUGCACCGUGGAGGAGGAGGAGCAUGUGGACUCCUCCACUUGGGAAGACUCACAGCAGACUAGUUUACUGGACAAUAUAUAACAGGGUUGCACAUUCUCCUUUAGAACUGUUGUGUAUAUAUACGAUGUUGUGCGAUGUGUAUUCCACUAACCUCAAUAACUGUUGUGCACUCAAUCAGGUGGGCUUCGGGAGUUGUUGUAAGGGAUGUUUUUGGGCCAGUCUAUGGAAGGAGAAUGUGGUGUGGUUGUUUCAAGGUUUUCGUAGCGUAUUGACUCCCACAUGUGGAUGACCAGUGUGUGUUUAUGCACUUUACUCUGUUUACACUCAUUUGCACAAUCAAUACUCAUUUUUGCCUGGAGAGUGAGUGAGUGUAGGCCUUCACCCACCCUCCCAGAGAAAGAAAGAGAGAGAGUCCAAAGCAAAGCACAAUAAACCCUAUCAUCAUCAUCACCACCAUCAUCUCUAUAGGCACCGAUGAUACACCACUAACUGUUUGCGAGACAGACGAGGGACUACUCUUUCGUUAGCCUCGGACACACUCCAUUGAGGUGGCCACGAUGUCCCGUCCCUUGGAAUUCUCUUAUUUGUACAGACAAUAUUACUAUAGCAUCCACUCAAUACAGACUCACGGCGCUAGGUGUGGUCAUGAUAUUUUUAAGCCGUCAGCACAUAGAUGGGAUCGUGAGGAUUUCUCAUCAUUAUUUUUCUCCCUGGACGGGGGAAUGGAUUGAGGAAAGUUUGCCCAAGGACCUACUGAUGAGGUGCCUCCAAUGAUCUUUUAAGUUAAGGAACAUUAUACAUACCUACUUAUUUGUGAUAGACUCCCAGAGUACACGUAAACACACACACACACACACACUUACACCAGCACUACUAUCCAUAUCCAGUCUUUUUGUUACGUCAAGGCGUCAGUGCGUCGUUUUGCUCACCCAAACGUUUAUUACAGCAAGUCCUUUAAGAUGCACUCAUGUUGUAGGAAGGAUCUUGUUUACAAGUAAUACUUAUAGAAUGUAAACCCUCUCUUUGCCGAGGUUUACCAGGUUGUGAGGUUUAACUUACGUAUAAAGGAAGUCAUUUCAUAUUCCAUGGUUGCAUUGUUGAGCUGUGUAAGUGUAGACAAGCCAGCAAGACCCUAUACAUACUCUGGGCUGAGGUGAUGAUCUAUAUAUUUAUUGGAAUGUAUAAAUAUCAAGUAAUAGUGUUCAAGCAUCAUCCCUUAUUUAUCUGUGUUUCAAGGAGUCAUGAAGAUACUGUACUGUGCUCUCUGUGUGAAUAACAUGCAUAAUAAUCAUAUUUCUGUGUGUGUAUCAUCAUCUAGGAGUUUUGUAAAGGUGUUCCUACAAAUACAUAUUAUAGUUAGGUGUUGUAUCACGCCACUAGAGGACAGCAACACCUGGCGAGAGGCACGGGUGAAGCAGAGGUGACACAGAGGUGGCUUGACUGUAAAGAGUCAUAUAUUGGAAUCACAGUUGGUACCGAUUCGUCACGUUGCUUGAGGUUAGCAUUGUUUAAUUGUUUAUCUUAAUGUACACAGCUCAGUUCAGGGUUCCACAUUCCUCCCCAGAUGUUUUGUUGUAACCCAAGCAUGAUGGACACUAAGCCAAAGAGAGUACCUUAGUAAUGGGCUUUAUGUUCCCUGUCCAACAAGUGAAAGGCCUUAAGAUUCCUCAGAGAGAAAAAGACUGUUCCCCAAAGAGAGAAGCUUUUGUUCCCCCUCCCAAAGAUGAAGAAGCUUUAUGUUCCCCCCCCAACAAGUAACAGGCUUUAUGUUCCCUUUCCCUCCCCCCUGAAAUACCACAUGUGCUUGGUAUGACAUUGUCCCUAUGUUUUGUGUUAGUAAUCCAUCACUAAUGAUUUAUGCAUUUGAAUUAGCCUUUGUGUGGAGGCUGGAUGUCUCUCCCAUACAUUCUUGCCCAAGGCGUGGAGGAGUGUGGCGUGGCGGGGCAGCACAAGGCUCAGGAAGAUGUGUGACUGACUGGUAUAAGAACAUGAGGUGUUAGUUCCUGUGUGUGUCAUGUGUGGUGAGGGUCACUCAGUGGUCAGUCUGCUGCUUUUUAUUUGUGUAUUUCUAGUCUCCUGCUGCUCCAGAGGCUGCCUGUGUAGUGCAGGGAAGUGCCUGUGGGUGUGCACUGCUUGGCUGCUGGGUGGGGGUGUGGGCAGACCAGUGCAGGGCCAGUACGUAGUCAUCAUGUAGUUAUGUGAAAUAGACUGGAUGAAAGAUUCAACAGGGGAAAUGAUUGACAUAAAGUAAAUAUAAUUAAUUUCAAAAGACAUUUAUUAAAUACUUUAAAAUAUUGUCAAGAGGGACAAAUGAGAUAUAUCCUGGGGUGGGAAUAAACUUUAAUCAAGCUAACUAGUUUGUUUCUUUGAUGAUUUACAUGAAGGAAAGUAGUAAGGGGAAAACUUCACCAAACAAGAAUGGCCAUAUUAAAUUAUCACAGCAAGGUGAUGCACCAGGCAGGAGAAAGAGGAAAUAUUUAGUAACCUGCUCUGUCAUCAUGGCAGACAUCUUGGUUAGCAUGUGCUAAUUAUUAGGUAAUAAAUACAUACAGAAUUGAUUAUGGAACUUAGCAACAAGCGGGCCACUGUAGGGAGAAAGAAAGAGAUGGUGGGGUCUCUUGAGUGUUAAUAUUGAAUAGGUAUUGUAUAUUAGUAGUUCCCUUUAGUAAGAAUUAAGGUAUGCAAGUACACUUCAUUCCCUGCAUGAGCCCAUAGCACCAAGGCAAGUUUUAGCGCUAUCUUAAUGAUUAUGUACACACACGCGUACCGUCGCUUUCUCUCCGCAUUACCAGCCUGUCGUGUAUGUAUAUUCCACUUUUCCGUUAUCGGUGUGUAGAGGAGAACAUUAUGUAUCAGAUCAUCUCCUGUAACUGAGUCCACCCCGUGUACCGUUUCACUCGGGGUUCAUUAUUAAUACUACGCAUAGAUUCCAGCCGGUGUGGUGUUGGUGUUACUACUGUGUCAAAAACUUUUAGGUGUCCAAACGAUGAGCUCCUUGAAGAUGGUUCUUGGUGUAGGGAGUCGGUUGGUCUCAGCAUCUCAUGACUAUACUGUAUUUUCACAUGAGUUUAGUCCUGGAAUGUUUAACUCUGGAUAAGGAGGAAAGUUAACUAUUCAAAUUAGUGACAUUUACAGACAAAAUAAAAAAAAGGUACUGAUUUUUUAUGUUAGACCAAAGAAAAUGAGGUAUUCCUACUUAAUAUUCAUACUAGUACUGGGGUGGCAUUUCUAGGUCCAGAGUAUGGUGAAUAUAAUGAGAUGCUAAUACUGAAUAAGCCUGUUGCCAUUACCUGGUGUGAAGACUUCGUUACUCACCCACUGUGUAAGUUGCUGUCAUGUCGUCACCACAUCACUAAAGAAAUGACUCGUAACGAUUAAAGAAAAGAAGCUAUUUUGUAUGCCUAUAAUACUGUAUCCUUGUAUUAUACACCUACUAAAAUGUAUACUUA